UAUACAAACUUGCCAGACUCGGUUUUCGUGGUAGGCGAACUCACAUCAUCUCUUCUUUUCUUUUUUUUUCAUGCGUUCUUUCAACUGCAAAUAUUGAAGACGCCAUUCCAAUCCACCGCUAAUAGUUUAAGCUAGCAGCAUUGCCCUUAUUCUUUUAAGAUUUUUUUAUUAAAUCUUCCAUUAAGAAUUUUUUAUUAAAUCUCCAUAAUGCAUGUAAAAACCAGGUCUAUAAGACUCUAUUCGAAUAUUUGAUUCGAAUAUAUUUUUGAUUUCAUUCAAAAUGGCGACUUAUUUGAAAUUCAUGUUAUUACUUGUGCCUGGUUUAGUUAAAAUGGCAAUAAAAGCAGAAGUAUUUUGCGAUGUCAACUCUUUACAUUCUAGCGAAACAAGAUAUGGAAAACUUGAUUUGAAAAUGUUUUAUCAAGUGAAAAACAACAACACAUUAAGAAUACAAUGUCAAUUUUACAACUCAACAAGCUUCACUCCUGUUUUGGGGGCUUUUGGUGAUAUUUUCAAAUUUCAGCUAUACAAUGGAACGUAUACAAGUUUUGGUAACAUAACAGUAAAAAAAAAUAUUACAUCGCUUUGUUUUACUUUAAAUCUGGUAGAGACGGACUUUGGCUCUGCAGAAGAAUCGUUUGUUUUUAUCCCGUCAAACUGGCACUUAGAUAUUUUAUCAGAUGUGGGACAGAUUAUUGUUUCUGGUAGCAUUACAAUUAUUUCUCGUCAGGUUGGAAAUUUAUUUUCGAGAAGCAUGAGCCUAUUGAGUAGCAGUAAAGAGUUUAUUGUCAAAAUUCCAUGCAAUCAAGAAAUGGAGUACAUAGUACUCCAUGACAGCAAGAGAAAUGCGCUUCUAUUGACUUUAAAGAUAUUGGGAUCGUCUAUUGGAAGCCAAACCCUCAAUAUCAGCACCAAUGCAUCUCUUACUCAUCUUGUCAUCACAUUUCAUCACAUUUUUGUUCUUAUGCACGAUAUAUUAUACAUGGGAAAAUAUGAUACGACAUCCGAGGAAAUCGUAUUCACAAAAGUAAAAACGCUGAUUAACCAAAAUAUUUCUGGUCUGCAUUAUACAUCUUAUUGUUACAUCAAACUUCCUCAACCAGAGGGAUUGGAAACUAUCAUGCUUACAACAAGAAACAACAAAAGUGAAAUUAUGUACAGUCACUAUCCUUUUAAGGAAUGGAAAUUAUUCUUUAUUAAAACCUGGUUGGCAGAAGCUAUUCUGAUGUCUCUUCAUUACGACGUUGAAAGAAGAAACUUUGCGCUGCAUUAUAAGAAUACAACUUCUACAAACAACAUUGAGGAAGGCAAUUCCAUCAUAUAUGUAUUUCGUCUUUCUCGAGAUUUAUUUUGUAAACCAAUAGUGUUCACUAUCAACAUCACCACUCUACAGUACAGCUAUGGUUUGUUUAAAGUGAAAGGUGAAAGAGAGGUAUGGAAAAUUUGGUUGGCUAUAGAAUUUCCUCCAAAUUUUCUUUCCACUGCAAAGCAAAUUUUUAAAAUAUGCUAAAAGGUGGGAAAUCUC